CUUACUAAAAUAGAAAAUUUUAUAAAAAAAAAAAAAAACUUUUUACCUUGACUUCCUCUUUUAUCCAGCAUGGCCGAUCAACAACCACAACUAGAUACAGUUGAAAAGUCAAAAGAUGCUUUUUUGAACCUCUUGGCUCAAUUGAACGAUGAACAAUUCCAUGAGUUUGAUAGUUUUGCUCGAUCUGCCUUGGAUGAAUAUCAUGGUCAACUUCAUCAACAUAGUCACGAGGAUGCCACCAAUGAAGAUAUGGAAGUAGAACAACACGAUGGUAGUUUCCAACCUGUCAAUGAUCUGAAAAUGAUGCGGUUGGGUCGUAUGAUCAAGGAUUUACGUGCUAAGGUACCUAUGUCUGCUGAAGCUCCAGGUGAAAAGACUGUGAUUCCAAAUACUGUAGAGUUCUCUGGAUUCAACGACAAUAAUACAGUUCAUGUGGAUGGUUUCUUAUUUAGUGAAGAGGAUGUGGAUGAACUUUGUGAUCAAGGCAAAAUGUCCAGAAAUUAUUGUCUAGAUUGUCAAUCUCGUAAUGUGGCUCCUUUGAAUUUCAUCUCUCAUUCGGCAUCUGUCUUACAAUUACAAUUUUUGUAUCAAGUCGCUUUAGCCAACAAAGUUAAGGAUAAAGUGGUGGUGGAUGUUGGAUCUAGGUUAGGUGCUGUCUUGUACUCUGGCCAUUUGUUUACUAGGGCGAAACGAUUGAUUGGUGUAGAAAUUAAUGAAUGGUUCUGUGAAUUACAAAAGGAUAUGAUUCGAAAAUAUAAAAUGGAUGAUCGAGUGGAAAUCCAGUGCAAAGAUAUUCAACAAUUACCUGAACUUUUAAGCAAACAGGCAGAUGUGGUGAUCAUGAACAACGUGUUUCAAUUCUUCAGUGAAUUGCCUAUUCAACAACAAAUUUGGAAAUAUAUUCGUGAACAAACAAGUAAAAAAUCUGGAUUAUUAUUGGUCACUUUGCCUUCAUUACAAGAACAACUCAAGGAAGCUGGUUUAUCAUCAAACAAAUUGAUGAAAGGUUGGGUGAAGGAAAUCAAAUUGAAUUAUGAUGGUGGAUGGUUUGAAGAUAUCAAUGAAGAUGAAUUGGAGGAAAUACAACAAGUUCAUCUUUAUAAAGUUAUAUAAUUAUAUAUAUAGUAGAUAGAUAGAUUUUUUUUUAUUUGUAUAUGAUAAAAAAUAUAAUUAAAUAGAUAGAUAUGACAAAAAAUAAAUGACUGGAUAAAAUAGAAAAUGAUCAUACGGUGGAAAAAAGGUGUAUAUGCGUGGGGGAAUCAAAUCGUUGGGGGAGAAA